CUAGCUGAGCCCCACCCUUGUAUGAUGCGCGAUUAUGUCUUCAGAAGAAAGAGCAUCCCUUUUGAUACCCAGAGGAAACGAGCAUGAGCCAAAUACAGAAAACAUAAUCAAUGAGGAGCCUCAUCAUUAUGAUGCACUGAGGCGACACCAUCGCUACCAUUAUUACAAAUAUGGUCACGGAGGACAUCAUCUUGUCUUGUCAGUUUUACUCACUCUCCUCUGCUGUUCCUGUGGAGCAUGGUGGACCCUGAUCUGUACAGUCCCUGCUAUCUUUUAUUCUAUUGCUGCUCAAGAGGCAGAGAAAGAACGAGACGAUGAAAAGGCUGAGAGAGUAAUAUACUCUGCCAUUCAGUUCAAUCUAUUUGCUGUACUCUCUUUCAUAGUUGCUGUAUCUAUAAUAUUUAUUGUCCUACUUAUUCAUUACUCUCUGAAUUUGUAAAAUUAUAACAAUGACAGAAA